AUGGUAGUUUGGAAAUUAAACAAAUAUCAAUUCAAAAUUCAUUCAUCAACCAAUUUAAUUUUAAUCAGUGUAAAUGGUUUAAUUUGGUAUCAAGGUAACCCAUUAGCUGAUACACAGGAUCCAGAUCCAUUAGGACAAUUUCAUUGGUUACGUCAAACAUUUCAAUGGGCUAGAAAACGAAAAGAUAAAGUUUUACUUGUUAGUCAUUUUCCUCCGGGUGCUUCAGAGAAUGCUCCACAAUAUUAUCGUUUUCUUCGUAAAGAAAUGAAUGAUCAAUUUGUGAAUUUAUUAAUUGAAAAUGCUGAUUUAUUAAUGGCUGGUUUAUUUGCUCAUGAACAUGUGGAUAGUUUUCGUUUAUUAGUUUCGAAAUCAAGUUAG